AUGCUUGUCGGCGCGUUCUUUGCCACGCUCGUGCCACUGGUACCCCUCGUAGAGGCGUACGAGUGCUCGCUGUCCUCCUCGCGCACGUCAGCGGCGCCCGCUGUAGCACACAGAGAGGCAUCUUCUUCUUGGAGUGGUGUGGACAUUUGUAAAGUUCAGACCUUCCCUGCAAGCCCGCACGACCUCAUUUCCCCUCUAGGCCCUUACUCAAUACCGAUGUCCCAAUGCUCCAACCUCGUGUGCCGGUUCAACCAAUGCGCAGGCGAGGGGUUCACGACCAGAUCGAUCAUCUGCGACGGAGCUACCCGAGUUGUAGAAGAUAACGCGCGCUUCCAAGAUGCCGCGUACGGAUCCCCCAGCGGUGAGCUCUACGUCUGCUCCUGCGGCGGUGCAUCGAACAGCGACGCCGCUGGUCAGCACGAGUACCGUGCAGGGUUGGGUGGCGUUGACCUGCAGCGGACCAGCCUGCGACAAAGGCCCCUUGGGGGUUGA